GUGGCAGAGGAGGCAGAGCAGGCCCACAUCUCCAUCAGAGCUAUGGAAGAAAAUCAGAAUGAAGCACUCAGAAAUUCCACAGAGGAGGUUGAAGAACUCCGGGCACGCGUAGAUGAGCUGGAAAAGGAGAGGGACCUUUUAAGGAAAAGUCUUGAAGAGGCUCAAGGGGGGAGAAGAAUGGAGGAGGUGAAAGGAUUCCAGGCCCACAUUGAAAACCUGGAACAGGAGAGGAACAUGUUGAGAAACAACCUUGAAGAAUUGGUGAAGGAUACUGAAGGGCUGCAAAAAGACCUGCUGGAUAUGAAGGCGGUUAGUGAGAAGAUUAGUGAGGAGAACCAGAAACUGCAGGCUCAGAUUUCUCUGAUGACUGAAGAGAAAGAGGAGAAGGAAAACGAAAUGGAGAAUAUGGAGAAAGAGAGAAGAGAAUACAAAGAACAGCUGACAGAGAAAGACUCCCUUAUAUUUCAGCUUAGAAAUGAGAUGGCUGUUCUCCAGGAGUCUGCUGGCCAGUCUGUGUCCUCUGAGGAAAAUCUAGCUGAUGAGAUGACAAAGAAAAUAGCGUUCCUGGAGAAAGAAAACAAAGAAAAGGAUGAGAAAAUGAACAAAAUCAAGGCGGUGGCCGUCAAAGCAAAGAAGGAGCUGGACAUCAGCAAGAAAGAGGUUGCAACCCUCAAGGAGGAAGUAGAAUCCCUGAAAGCAGAGAGGGAGAAAAUGAACAGCUCUAUGAAAGAUAUCAUCCAUGGUGCUGAAGGCUACAAGAACCUGCAGAUAGAUUACGACAGGCAAACAGAGCAACUGGAUAAGGAAAGAGAGAGGGUGGAGGCGGCCGAGAGACAGAUUGCAGAGCUGACCAAACGACUCAGCAGUGCUGUCACACAGUAUGAGACGCUGAGCAGUGAGAAAGAGGACCUGCAGGCUGGUAUGGAGACCAUGAGAAGCACAGUGAGGCAGCUGGAGACCCAGAACCAGGAGCUGCAGAGACAGUCAGCCAAUCUGGACAAAGACCUACUAGCUGAGAGAGCUAUGAAAGAACAGAAGAUCAAGGACUUGUCAUUUGCCAUGAAGGAGGUUGAAGAGCUGUCAGCCCAGCUCCACAAGCAGCAGCAGCAGUCUCAGCAGACUGCCCAGGAGCUGGAGCAGCUACGCAAGGAGGCGCAGCAGAACUCACUGCUGGACAUGGAGAUGGCCGACUAUGAGCGCCUGGUGAAAGAACUCAACAGCAAACUGUCAGAGAAAGAUGAGCGAGCUGAGCAGCUAAAGACCCAGAUUAACACGCUCACCCAGAAAGAGGACACACUCAAGCAAGAAAUCGAGGCUUUGAAGUCCCAGCUGGACCAGGGGGAGGAGAAGACGUCCAAGAUGAAACAGCUGCUGGUGAAGACCAAGAAGGAUUUGGCCGAUGCCAAGAAACAGGAGAGCUCCCUCAUGGUGCUGCAGGCCUCUCUGAAAGGAGAGCUGGAGGCUAACCAACAGCAGCUAGAAACCUCCAAGAUUGACGUGUGCGAGCUGACAGCGGAGCGUCAUCGCCUGCAGGAGCAGCUGAGGUCUGUGUUGGAACAGCAGCAAAGAACCAGCAGCUCCCUGCAGCAACGUAUCAACAGCCUACAGCAGGAGAGAGACACUGCUAAGGCUGAGCUUGUGGCAACAACUGGUGAGUUCGAGAGUUACAAGGUGCGAGUUCAUAAUGUGCUCAAACAGCAGAAGAGUAAAACCACUGCUCAGAGUGAAGGAGACUCUGGCAAACUAGAGAGGGAGCAGUUGUCUUCUCAGGUAGAGCAGCUGAGGUCGAAGCUGGCAGAAACUCAGCAGAGCCUCCAGAGCAGUGCAGCAGAGCUGCAGCAGCUCCAGACUGAACACGACACUCUUCUGGAGAGACACAAUAAAAUCCUCCAGGAAACUAUUAGCAAGGAGGCAGAACUCCGCGAGAGGCUGCUGUCAGUGCAGUCAGAAAACGUGGCUCUGCGGUCAGAUCUGUCCCAGACUCAGGUUGACCUGUCAUCUCAGGUCGAGGCCCAGCGUCAGACGUACAGGGAGCAGCUGAGGAAGCUGCAGGACGACCACCGAGCCACCGUGGAGACCCUGCAGGGCCAGCUGACCCGUGUGGAGGAGCAACUCUUCAACCUGCAGAGCCAGAACAGUGCAGUGUCAGCCCAGGCCAGCCGUAAGCCUCUGGGGUCUGACCCUCAGCGCAGAAGCACAGAUCACCAGGCAGGGCUAGGACUAGUUGCCCUCAGUGUCCAGUCGAUGGCCAGGGAAGAGGGUGAGGGUAUGGAGACCACAGAGACUGAGAGCCCCUCUCCUGCACUCCUGCCCUCCCUGGAGCAGCUUCUCACUUCUCCAGAUCCCAAACAAGAGCCAUUUGUGUGGACAGUGGAGCCGACCAAAGAAGAGCUAAGUCAAAAGCUGACCACAGCCACCCGCAGUAUGGAGCACAUGAACAGCCUACUGCAUGAAACCGAGGCCACCAAUGCUGUUCUCAUGGAGCAGAUCACUUUGUUGAAGAGUGAAGUGCGUCGUCUAGAGAGAAACCAGGAGAGGGAGAAGAGCGUGGCCAACCUGGAGUAUCUGAAGAACGUCCUGCUGCAGUUCAUCUUCCUGCGAUCUGGGAGUGAGAGGCAGGCGCUCCUGCCCGUUAUUCACACCAUGCUGCAGCUCAGUCCAGAGGAAAAGAGCAAACUGGCUGCCAUUGCACAAGGUGAGGAGGAGGGUGCUGGGUCGCGGGGCUCAGGCUGGACCUCCUAUCUCCACAGCUGGUCUGGGAUCAGAUAAAUUCGAUGACCAACCAAAUCAACAAAAAGACUGGGAGCACAGUGCAAAGAUGUUACUGGGCCUAUUUCUGUGAAAACCUGUACUAAGCAGUGAUGCUGUACAUUUAAAUCAGUGGCAAAAGACAGGGGCAUUUACAACAUUUUUGGGACACAAAAGAAAGGACCAAGGAAUGUACAAGAAAAGAA